AUGUCGCAACCUCUGUACGACCACUCCGACGAGGAGAAGAAGGGCCAGGCCGGUGUCAACGCAUACGACACGGAUGGCGCCAGCUCGAUCGAUACCAUCACUGCUUUGUACAUGGAAGACAGCCAACAUGACAUCAAGCUGCGCACAAUGUCAUGGCAGAAGGCGGCCUGGCUGCUCUGCGGUGACCAAGUCUGUCUUGCCAUCAUGGCCCAGACAUGGUCGUUGUCUGUGUUGGGCUGGGUGCCCGGUAUCAUCACCAUGGUUGGCGCCGGUAUCCUCUUCUGGAUCACCUCCAUGACCAUGCACAAAUUCAUCAUGAAAUACCCCCAGAUCAAAGACAUCUGCGAUUUCGGAUACUACGCAUUUGGCGGAUCGAAGAUCGCCUACGAAUUCGCGGGAUUCAUGCUUCUCGCGAACAAUAUCCUGCUGAUCGGUUUCCACGUCCUGACUGGUGCCAAAAUCCUCAACACCCUGUCCGAUCACUCUCAAUGCACCGUCGUCUUCUCGGUCAUUGUCACGUUGAUAGGCAUUAUCAUGUCUACCACCCGUACCCUGAAACAUGUGUCGUUCAUGUGCAUGUUCUCGGCCUUCUUCAUGGCCCUCGCUAUUCUGCUCUUCCUGGUCUUUGCCGGCAUCGAGGACGCCCCAGGCUACGGUUACUACGGAGACUACCCCACUGACGGUCCGGUCAACACCUACGCUUUCCCGCUCCCCGGCACUACCUGGGUCGGAUGCAUGAACGCAGUGCUCAACAUCACAUUCUUGUGGGUGCCUCAGAUUCUGUUCCCGACGUUCAUCUCCGAGAUGGAAAAGCCCCAGGACUUCCCCAAGUCUCUGGCCGUGCUGACCGUCAUCUCCGCAUUCCUUUUCAUCUGCCCUCCCGCCAUCGGCUUCCACUACCUUGGCCAGUACUCAACAGCGCCAGCCUUUGGCAGUCUCGGCCCAGAGAAGUACAGAAAGGCUUCCUUCGCCUUCGUCAUCGUACCGACCCUGGUCAUCGGUUGCAUCUACGCCAACGUCACCGCAAAGUUCGUCUACUUCCGCAUCAUGGGCAAAUCGCGCCACGCGCACAGCAACACCGCCGUCGGUUGGGGCGUCUGGAUCGCUGUCAUGGCCUGCAUCUGGGCCAUCGCUUUUAUUUUCGCCGAGGUCAUCCCCAGCAUGGGUGACUUCUUGUCCUUGUUGGGAGCGGCCUUUGACUCGUUUUUCGGCUUCAUCUUCUUCGCGGUCGCCUACUACCACUUGUACAAGGGCCAAUAUUUCGCCGGCGCUUACAGAUCCAUCAUGACCGUCAUCCACGUCUUCGUCAUGGCCGUGGGAUUGUUCCUGCUCGGUCCUGGACUCUAUGCGGCCUGUGAAGCCAUCAUCGCCGACUAUGCGGGAUCGACGUCACCAGCCUUCAGCUGUGCCAACAUCUCCAUCUAA